AUUUAGGCCCAUUUUUUAUGAAAUGACGAAAUUACCCCGUUAGCUGUCGAAUACGAGAUAUAUCGAAUCGUUUGCUUUCACUUGUGUUGUUUUGCCGAAGUUUCUCUGCAGCUUCUCCUCUUCUCAGAAAUUAGGGUUCCGUCGCAAAUCACGAUCAGAUCUCGUACUCUCUGAAGAUGUCUGAAGACCCGGAGUACCGUUGUUUCAUUGGUGGGCUUGCUUGGUCAACGUCUGAUCGUGGUCUCAGAGAUGCCUUUGAGAAGUACGGUCACCUCGUUGAGGCCAAGGUGGUUCUUGACAAGUUUUCUGGUCGCUCCCGUGGUUUUGGGUUCAUCACUUUUGAUGAGAAAAAAGCAAUGGAUGAAGCUAUUGCAGCAAUGAAUGGAAUGGAUUUAGAUGGGCGAACUAUCACUGUUGAUAAAGCCCAGCCACAUCAGGGUGGGUCAGGCAGAGAUCAUGAUGGAGAUCGCAGUCGUGAUCGUGGAUAUGAUCGUGAUCGUAGCCGUCCCUCUGGUGGGCGAGGUGGUGGAGAUUGCUUUAAAUGUGGCAAGCCUGGACAUUUUGCAAGGGAGUGUCCUUCUGAAAGUAGUAGAGAUGGUGGCGGAAGGUACAGCUCAAAGGACGAUAGGUACAGUGCUAAGGACGAUAGGAUGAUAGGUAUGGUAGUAGGGAUGGUGGAGGUAGUCGCUAUGGACCUGAUCGCAGUGGAGAACGCGCUGGAGGACGUAGCCGGGAUGGUGGCAGCCGUGGAGGUCCAGGAGGUGAGAGGCACAGUCGUGCUACUGCUCCAUAUGACCGCCCCAGAGCUGGUGGCUUUCACUAGAAAUCUACUCCAAAGGUUAAAGAAGUUGAAGGUUUUCUGCUUUCGGCUCUCUUGUCAAGUGCGAAGUCAAAGUUACGCUGGAUGUGCUCUCUCUCCUUUUGAUAUGUUGAUCCGUAUGGAAACCUUGUGCUUGGUUGGUUUGAGACAAUUUGAGAUGUGCUACUUUAUGCUUAUCGUAAUGAAUGCGUGGGUUAUCCCCCCAACACCAAAUUUGCAAAAGCCUCAGGAUGGUCUGAUACUCGGGUUUAGCCGUGAAAAUUAAAGACUGAUCUAUAAAACUUGUGAUGGUAUUGGGAAAUAUACAUUGCUGACUGAUACUUGGCUACUGGAACUCAAAAACAUCCCUUCAUGAGCAACAAAUUGUCAUUUUCAGG